UGGCUGCACCAGGCACUAUGGGGAAGGCAGAGAAUUACGAGAUGUACUCAGUAGAGCUGGGACCUGGCCCUGGUGGGGACAUGGCAGCCAAGAUGAGCAAGAAGAAGGCAGGCAGUAAAGGAGGCAAGAGGAAGGAGAAGCUGGAGAACAUGAAGAAGGAGAUGGAGCUUAACGACCACCAGCUAUCAGUCGCGGAGCUGGAACAGAAAUACCAGACCAGUGCGACCAAGGGCCUGACUGCCAGCCUGGCCGCGGAUCUGCUGCUGCGGGAUGGGCCCAAUGCCCUGCGGCCGCCGCGUGGUACCCCUGAGUAUGUCAAGUUCGCCCGGCAGCUGGCCGGUGGUCUGCAGUGCCUCAUGUGGGUGGCUGCUGCCAUCUGUCUCAUUGCCUUUGCCAUCCAGGCCAGUGAGGGGGACCUCACCACCGACGACAAUCUGUACCUGGCACUGGCCCUCAUCGCCGUGGUCGUGGUCACUGGCUGCUUUGGCUACUACCAGGAGUUUAAGAGCACCAACAUCAUUGCCAGCUUCAAGAACCUCGUGCCCCAGCAAGCAACUGUGAUCCGAGAUGGGGACAAGUUCCAGAUCAAUGCAGACCAGCUUGUGGUGGGUGACCUGGUGGAGAUGAAAGGCGGGGACCGAGUGCCAGCGGACAUCAGGAUCCUCCAGGCCCAGGGCUGCAAGGUGGACAACUCCUCGCUGACUGGAGAGUCUGAGCCGCAGACCCGCUCGCCCGAAUGUACACACGAGAGCCCCCUGGAGACCCGCAACAUCGCCUUCUUCUCCACCAUGUGCCUUGAAGGCACGGCACAGGGCCUGGUGGUGAACACAGGUGACCGCACCAUCAUUGGGCGCAUUGCAUCGCUGGCAUCGGGAGUAGAAAAUGAGAAGACCCCCAUCGCUAUUGAAAUCGAACAUUUUGUGGACAUCAUCGCAGGCCUGGCCAUCCUCUUCGGCGCCACAUUUUUUGUGGUGGCCAUGUGCAUUGGCUACACCUUCCUGCGGGCCAUGGUCUUCUUCAUGGCCAUUGUGGUAGCCUACGUGCCUGAGGGGCUGCUGGCCACUGUCACGGUCUGCCUGUCCCUGACAGCCAAGCGACUGGCCAGCAAGAACUGUGUCGUCAAGAACCUGGAAGCAGUGGAGACACUGGGUUCCACAUCAGUGAUCUGCUCUGACAAGACAGGGACCCUCACUCAGAACCGCAUGACUGUGUCCCAUCUCUGGUUUGACAACCACAUCCACUCGGCUGACACUACGGAAGACCAGUCAGGGCAGACGUUUGACCAGUCCUCGGAGACGUGGCGGGCGCUAUGCCGCGUGCUAACGCUGUGCAACCGCGCUGCCUUCAAGUCGGGCCAGGACGCGGUGCCGGUGCCCAAGCGCAUCGUGAUCGGGGACGCGUCCGAGACUGCGCUGCUCAAGUUCUCGGAGCUGACCCUAGGCAACGCCAUGGGCUACCGUGAGCGCUUCCCCAAAGUCUGCGAGAUCCCCUUCAACUCCACCAACAAGUUCCAGGUGUGCGCCCGGUCCCCCCCUUAG